CGAACGAUCCUCGUGGAAGCAAAUCGCCGACGUCGCUGUCGAUCGCGGUAGUUAUGCUUGACCGGCAGCGGAAGCCAUCGACCAGUAGUAGUCGUAUAAUGCGAAGGCUGUAUUAAGUCGAAAUGGAGGCAAUUUUCCGAACAAUCGUGCGUGAACGACCUAUAGAAACGACUGUUUUAUCGCGACAAACUGAGUGAGUGACGCAGAGACCUGUCAGCGGGAAAGGCUUCCCGAGUUGAGACGAUUUGUGUGAAAAUUUAAUAUAAAAUGUACGAAAGAAUUAAAUUGUGUGUGUUAAAGAAAGUUUGAGGAUGUCGAAUAAUUUUUGAAGCAAUGUGUACGUGCUUGAAGAAAAGGAACAUUUUAACAGUGUAUCUGGAUUUAAAAGCCUUUGCCAACAAAAUGUACAUAUCAUCAAUCAAUGCCUUUGCAGCCAGUUGGCUGCUUCUCUGCUUGAUUAAACCGCUUUACAGCGAAGCGGAGAAGUCAUACAUCGUUCCUUAUGAAAUCAAUAAUACUAUGCAUCAGUCCGAGCCAGUUUUUUCUGAAGAACAGAUUCAGUCUAAUGUCUCGAAACUUUUACAGUACAUCUAUCAUCGUAAUUAUCAAUCUAAUUCAGUGCCAUCUGAGAUACUUUCGAAGGACAUGUAUCCUGUAGCCUAUGUGAAAGAAAAUGUGACAAAAUCUAUGCCGGAAUAUCGGUUGGAGCAACGCUAUCAGGAGGCCGGAAGAAGGGACGAAGAGAUAAUGCUGAAGAUAAGUGCAUUGGAGAAACUGUUGUCCGAAGAUACCGACGAGCAUGGCGUCGAGUCGAACACGGUUGAAGACAGUAUCAUCGCGGGAACGAGCAUCCCUGAAGAAACCAAAAGGGUCGUUAGACAAGUUCGCAGACAACGGCCAGGAUUCUUUUAUACUUUAGCGAAACUCGCUUUCGAGACGUUCAACGAUACGCGAUCGGCGAUUAAACAAAUUAAUACUAUUAUCGGUGAAAAUUUCGAACCGGAUACAACCGCUCGACCGUCAAUAGUCAGCAGUAAUUCAUUGCAAGUAAAUGAUGUGACAACGGUCACUGCGACGUCGAAUGAUCAAAAUGAUUUAUCCAAUAACAUGGCGAGUAUUAAUGUAACGACAAUGAGGACGACUACCAUGAGGACGACUGAAGCGCCUUUCAAAUUCACGCGAAACGGAUUGCAAGAUCUAAUAAGUAGAAAUUUGCGUGGGUUAAUGAGACUUUUGAAUAUCGAAUGGCAGGAUGCUCUAAAUCAAUCAGACGUAUCUGUAAGAGAGUUUCAAAGGAAUCUCGGAAAUCAGAUAGGCGGUUUCCUACAAGAAGACCCAAACGCUUUUUAAAAUAACAAAGAUAAUAAAGAGAAGAGUACAAUAAAUGAUGGUGAUAAAAAUAUUAAUAUCGAGAAGCUGUACAUAAUAUAGUUUUGUAUAUAAUAUAGUGACAGAUUUAUGACAAACAGUUCCGUAACCAAAGACGUACAGUGUUGUUACCUAGAUCAAUAUUUAAAUUUAUGAUAUUGUCUGCAUUGUGUUGAACAUUAUGCAAUAAUCCAAUUUUUGGAUAGAAAAAAAAUACAUAUAUAUGCGUGGGUGCAAAAAUGUUUUUUUUUCUUUUUUCAUUAAAUUUGAUUACGCAUUUCAUUAUAAAUGCAAUUAGAUAUAUGUAGUAUAAUUACAUUUUAUUUUAUCAUAUUGGUCGCUCAAAUAAAUCGCAUAUUCUAACUGUCAA